AUGAGUGACUUCCAACAAGUUCUAGCGCAAUCCACCAAGGCUAUCUCCAAGAUUGUUUCCAACCGUCCCCACCACUGGGUAGGCGAUGGGUUCUACGUUCAGGGUAUGCUCGACUACAACAACCUGGGUCGCCAGCUGAACCCGUUCAUCAUGAUGGACUAUGCUGCGCCCAAGCACUUUGACCCCCACUAUAAGCAGCGUGGUGUUGGUUUCCACCCGCACCGCGGCUUUGAGACCGUCACCUUUGCCUACGAGGGUGAGGUUUCCCACCGCGACUCCACCGGCCGCUCCGGCACCAUCAAGACUGGCGAUGUGCAGUGGAUGACUGCUGGCGCCGGUAUCCAGCACGAGGAGAUGCACUCCAAGGAGUUCACCUCCAAGGGCGGCGACUUUGAGAUGAUCCAGCUCUGGGUCAACUUGCCCAAGGCUAAGAAGAACGUGCCUGCCACUUACCAGUCCAUCACCAGGGAGAGCAUUCCCGACGUGAGCCUGCCCACCGGUGGUAAUCUCCGCGUGGUCGCUGGUGAGUACCAGGGUGCCAAGGGCCCCGCCAACACCCACACCCCCAUGAAUGUCUACGACAUUUCUCUUAAGCCCAACGAGUCAGUCAACAUCGAUCUUCCCGAUGGAUGGAAUACUGGUAUCCUCGUCCGCAAAAACACCGUCAAGGUCAACGACCGCGAAAUCAAGCCCGCCAGCUUGGUCGCCUUUGACCGCACCGGAACCUCCGUCCAGCUCACUGCUGGUGCGAACGGCAGCGAAAUGCUGCUCUUCUCCGGUGAGCCCAUCGACGAGCCCAUGGUCGGCUACGGUCCUUUCGUCAUGAACACUCCCGAGGAGAUCUCCACGGCGUUCAUUGAUUACCAGGAGGGUAAAUACGGUGGCCCCCCCAUGUAA